AUGCGUCGACAAAACAAUCCAUUCUAUCGAGUAGGUCGCGUAGUGAAUAAUAUGAAUCCAAACAGAGUAUUGUGGUCAGUGAUUGGAAUAAAUGUUGGUGUAUUUGGACUUUGGCAAUAUAGUAUCAGUACAUAUAAGCAGUUUGGUGAUCCCGAUUGCCUCAACUUUAUGCUCAAACACUUCAUCAAUUCGCCUGAUGCUUGGCAACAUGGACGUUGGCACACGCUUUUAACUUCUGCAUUCUCGCAUAAAAGUUUGGAUCACUUGGGCAUAAACAUGUUGGUAUUGUAUUCUAUCGGUCAAGGUGUUAUGGAAGCUAUUGGCGCUUCUCGAUUUUUACUCUUAUAUUGUGGUGCUGGAAUUGCUGGAUCACUGGCUACAAUGGUAUAUAGAAAGUAUCUUCGUCCUGCACUGUUGAAUAGUAAUGGUGGUCGAUAUUCUUCUCUACGUGAACCUCCAAACAUGGGAUCUUUGGGUGCUUCUGGAUCUGUCAUGGGCUUGACUACAUUUUUUGCUUGUGCAUUUCCCAAAGCCACUUUUUUAGUAUUUUUCGUGAUACCAAUGCCUGCUAUUGCUGUAGUUGGACUCUUUGCGGCAUAUGAUAUCUAUCAAGCAACAACUUUAAAUACUGGUAUUGUGGAUAGUGCAGCUCAUAUUGGUGGUGUAUCUUAUGGAGCGGCUUAUUGGUUCUUACGAGUGAAACCCUUAUUACCUCCUGUUCUUGAUCCCAAGGAAUAUAAAAAUUUCAAACUUAUCGAAAAGACUGUUAUUUCUCACAAUACAGCAAUUUAUCGUUUCGGUCUUCCUCGUAAGGACGAUGUGUUGGGUCUUCCUAUUGGUCAGCAUAUUUCAGUCAUGGCCGAAAUCAAUGGCAAGCAAAUUUCAAGAAGUUAUACACCUACCAGUCUUGAUGAAGAUGCUGGUCAUUUUGAUUUAUUGAUCAAGACAUAUCCUAGUGGUAAUAUCUCCAAGAUGUUUGGUGAACUUAAGUUAGGUGAUUCUGUUAGUGUUCGUGGUCCUAAGGGUAAUUUCAAUUAUACUCCCAAUUUGGUUCGUGCUUUUGGUAUGAUUGCUGGUGGUACUGGUAUUACUCCUAUGCUUCAAAUUAUCCGAGCCAUUGUUAGAAAUCCUGAAGAUAAGACUAUCAUCAAUUUAAUCUUUGCCAAUGUGAAUGAAGAAGAUAUUUUAUUGAAGAAGGAAUUAGAUGAUCUUGCUGUCAAACAUGCCAAUUUCAAUGUAUAUUAUGUCUUGAACAAUCCUCCUACCGAAUGGACUGGUGGUGCUGGAUUCGUUACUCAGGAUAUGAUCAAGGAACAUUUACCUGCACCAGCCAAGGAUAUUCAAAUCUUGUUAUGUGGUCCUCCUCCUAUGGUGUCUGCCAUGACAAAGGCUACUGAAGCUCUUGGUUUCCAAAAACCUCGUGCUAUCAGCAAGAUGGGUGAUCAAGUAUUCAAAUUUUAG